CGACUCCCCGGGUUGAGCCUCCUCUCAUCUGCCACGGAUGCAGCUGCUGCGUUCAAGAACCAGGAAGUGUGAUCCUCUGAAUCAGCUGUAAACACGGAGGAGCAAGAUGUCAACAGCUGCUGCAGAGUUGAGGCUGGUGGUGCUCGGGCGGGACGUAGCAGGAAGGAGAUCAGCGGUCUGCUCCAUCCUCGGCCUGCAAGACUCUGAGCAGGGCGCAGAAACCCCCGCCAUCCAGGAGAGCAGCAAACACAGAGGAGAGGCUGCAGGAAGACAGGUGGAGGUUGUCUCCAGCGGGUCGUGGUUCGGAUCCGGCUGCGACCCGGAGGAAAGACGGAGAAACAUCUCUUCCUUUAUCUCCCGCUCCUCCCCCGGGCCUCACGCCUUCCUGCUCUGCCUCUCCCUGAACCAGCCCUCUGAGGGGGAGGCGGUGGCGCUGCAGGUCCUGGAUCAGCUGCUGGGCUCCUCUGCCAUCAGAACCAGAACCUUCAUCCUGUUCUCACACACCGAGGAGCUGCAGGAGGACGAGACGCUGGAGGAAUAUCUGCUCACCUGGCGCAAAGACCUGCUGCAGCUGGUGGAGAAAUGUGGAGAGCGUUACCACACCUUAGAGAGAGGGGAGAGGGCUGUGGAGGAGCUGAUGGAGAAGGUGGAGCAGGUGGUGAGUUCUGAGUCUGGGGAGAAGCACUUCAGCUGUGAUCUGUACCGGGAGGCGGAGGAGAGGGUGAGGAGGAGGCAGGAGGAGAUGGUGAAACAAAGGAAAGGAGACGAGGAAAUCACAGAGGAAGACAUGUUGUCGGUACGUGAUGAGGCGGAGAGGAGCGCCGGGGACCUGGAGCUGGAUGUAGACCACCUCUUCCCCUCUGAAGUCUCCCCCGAUCCUCCCUCUUUCCUGUGGGGGCUGUGGGAGAAGCUGAUAGGCUGGGUGAGGUGGCUGCCCACGGUGGUCCGCAGGGAGGCUCUGCUGGGGGCUCUGGUGAGGCUGUUUGUGGGGGGGCCGGUCGGGGGCAUGGUGGGGGCCACGGUGGGGUCAGUGGCCACGGAGGUGGGCAGAAGGAGAACCCAGAAAACUAAAUGAGAGGUAAACAGUGUUAUUGAAGAUGCACCUUAAAGUAGGGCUGUGCGAUUAUGGCAAAAAUCAUAAUCACGAUUAUUUGGGUCAAUAAUUGAUAUCACGAUUAUUAAAUACGAUUAUUCAUUGACUUUGAAAAAAUCCAUUUAUUGAACUUUAAAACAAAUACAAAUAAUAAUUUGAACAGUAUCUUUUUAACU